UCAUUACCAUAAAGUUAGGACUACACAGUCGUCAUCAACGUCAAAAAGACUCCCCCCAUUUCCCAGAAAAAAAUCAUCAAUUCAUCGACUAUUCGUCUCCCAUUUAUCCCCAAACUAAACCCUAAUCUCAUUUUCUCUCUCCUAAAAAAUCCCCCCCAAUUUCUCCAUGAAUUCCACGAAUUAACUCCCAAAUUCCCCUUCUAAAAUCCCAAUUCUACAACCAUGUCGGAACCUUCGACGGCGGUGAUUUCUCCGACGAGCUCGCGAGUGGUGACGGAAACCGUAAAUGGGUCCCACAAGUUCGUGAUCCAAGGGUAUUCGCUGGCGAAAGGGAUGGGAGUAGGAAAGCACAUUGCCAGCGAUAAUUUCAGCGUGGGAGGGUAUCAAUGGGCGAUUUACUUCUAUCCAGACGGCAAAAAUCCCGAAGAUAAUUCAGCUUAUGUCUCCGUCUUCAUUGCCUUAGCGAGCGAGGGUACCGAUGUUAGGGCUUUGUUUGAGCUUACUCUUGUUGAUCAAGGUGAUCAGCCGAAGCAUAAGGUUCAUAGCCAUUUUGAUCGUUCCUUAGAGAGCGGGCCCUAUACUUUGAAAUAUAGGGGCAGUAUGUGGGGAUACAAGCGCUUCUUCAAGAGGAGUAUGCUUGAACAAUCUACUUAUCUUAAGGAUGACUGUCUGAAAAUUAAUUGUACUGUCGGUGUUGUAGUGUCAUCGGUAGAAUGUCCUAGAUUGCACCCGAUCCGGGUCCCUGAGUCUGACAUGGGAAUGCAUUUUGGCAUGUUGUUAGAAAACACAGAAGGUUCAGAUAUUGUUUUUGAUGUGGCUGGAGAGAAGUUCCCAGCACAUAGAUUGGUCUUGGCUGCUCGGUCACCUAUAUUUCGAUCUGAAUUUUUGGACAAGUUAGAGGAAGGAAAAGAAGAUAUUGUCGUGACUGACGUGGAGCCUAAAGUAUUCAAGGCUAUGUUGCACUUUAUAUACAAAGACGCUCUUGUAGAAGAGGCGGACCUUGCUUCAUUAAGUUCCUCUUGUGAGUCCCAUAUAGCUGACUUGUUAAUAGGUAAGCUAUUGGCAGCAGCUGACAAAUAUGGACUUGGAAGGCUCAGGCAGUUGUGUGAAACUUCUUUGUGCAAGGGUAUAUCUGUCAGUACUGUCGGCGAGAUUCUAGCAUUGGCUGAUUGCCACAACGCCACUGAACUGAAGGCUGUCUGUUUAAGAUUUGCGGCUGAAAAUCUUGCAGCUGUUAUGCGCUCUGAUGGCUUUGAGUAUCUUAAAGAGCACUGCCCUUCAUUGCAGUCAGAGCUCUUGAAAACAGUUGCUGGUUGUGAGGAUGAUUGCAGUAGCGCAGGUGGAAAGUCACGUAGUGUGUGGGCCCAACUCUCUGAUGGUGGUGAUACUAAUGAAAGAAGGGUUAGGCCAAGGACUUGAUACUAUUACUUAUUGUAUUGUACCAGUACUUCCUGCAAUGAAGUACAUAUCAGAAGAAAGGGCGGUCAGGCAAUAGAGAGAGGACAGUAACUUAACACCGCCAUUGUUGUGCUGGUGUAAUUGUUGUGAAGUGUGUUAACCUAUGUACAAGUGGUUUAGCCUUCAAGUUGUUCAAUUAACGCUUAGGGUGUUUUUGGCACCCAAGUUUGUUGAUCAGUAUGAAGUGCAAAAUGUUCAUGCAGAAUGUCCAUGUAAAUCACUUCAUUUUUCCUUAAAAUUGCAAUAUUUGUCCAA